GCCUUCAUGACUUUGACUCUGUUUCCUAUCCGACUCUUCUUUGCCGCUUUUAUGAUGUUGCUGGCCUGGCCUUUUGCAUUCAUUGCUUCGAUGGGAUCUGAUGAGCAAGAGCUUGAAAAGCCUCUCUCCUGGUGGCGAAAGAUAGUGGAUGUUUUGCUGAAGGCAAUCAUGAGAAUGAUGUGGCUUGCUGGUGGAUUCCACUGGAUAAAUGUAAAAGGCAGACGGGCAUUACCAGCAGAAGCAGCGAUAUUAACGGUGGCUCCCCAUUCUUCCUACUUUGAUGCCAUUCCAGUAACUAUGACUUUUGCCUCCAUUGUGAUGAAAGCUGAAAGCAAAGAUAUUCCUGUUUGGGGAACUCUCAUCAAAUACAUCCGACCAGUAUUUGUAUCUCGGUCAGACCAGGAUUCUCGCAGGAAAACUGUUGAAGAGAUAAAGAGACGUGCUCAGUCUGAUGGUAAAUGGCCACAGAUAAUGAUAUUCCCAGAGGGCACUUGCACAAACCGAUCCUGUCUAAUUACAUUCAAGCCUGGAGCAUUUAUUCCUGGAGUUCCUGUACAGCCGGUGGUUUUACGUUACCCAAACAAACUGGAUACAAUCACAUGGACAUGGCAAGGGCCAGGAGCGCUAGAAAUUCUGUGGCUUACUUUGUGUCAGUUUCACAAUUCUGUGGAAAUUGAGUUUCUACCUGUGUAUAUUCCUUCAGAAGAAGAAAGAAAAAAUCCCGUCUUAUAUGCCAAUAACGUCAGACGUGUAAUGGCAGAGGCGUUGGGAGUUUCAGUGACAGACUACACAUUUGAAGACUGUCAGCUAGCUUUGGCUGAAGGACAACUUCGUCUGCCUUCUGACACGUGUCUUUUAGAAUUUGCAAAGCUUGUGAGAAGCCUUGGGCUGAAGCCAGAAACACUUGAAGAUGAUCUUGAUAAAUAUGCUGCAAGUGCCAUGAAAAUGAAAAAAGAAAAUAUUGAUCUUAAAGAAUUUUCAACAUACCUGGAAUUUCCAGUUUCUCACACGUUAGAAAGUAUGUUUGCACUUUUUGAUGAGAAUGAAGAUGGCAUAAUUGACUUUCGGGAAUUUGUCAUUGCCCUGUCAGUUGUCUGUAAACCAUCCAAAACUCUGGAAACCAUACAGUUGGCAUUUCAGCUGUACCAGUCAGAAAAUGGAACCAUAACAGAAGAGGAUUUAGCUCAUAUCCUGAAGACUGCCAUGGGUGUGUCACAGAUUAAUGUCACGCAUCUCUUUAGAGCUGUAGAUGAUGAAGAAAAAGGAAAGAUUACAUACGAUGAUUUCUACAGAUUUGCUGAAUUACACCCACACUUUGCAGAAGACUAUCUCUAUGCUGAUCAGAUGGGAGCUGAGAGUGGCUUGGAAACUUCAUCUCUUCCUGCUCCUAAUGGUAUCUGUACUGACUUCAGCCCUGAAAAUGGUGGAGAUAAAGACAAGCCCCUACAGAAGAAACUGAAUUAACACUACAACUGUCAUAAUCUUCCUCUCCUG